CGGAUAUCGUUACAGGACCAGAUCAAGGCCGUUCCUUCAGUGUUUUCAGACCCCCAGGGAUCGCGGCUGGUGCGGCGGACCUUCGGUUUGCACAGUGAGAGGCUGCAGCAGCAAAGGAUGAGCGGAACCCUGGAAAAGGUUCUGUGCCUCAGGAACAAUACCAUUUUUAAGCAAGCCUUUUCCUUCUUAAGGUUUAAAGCUUCAGGAGAGAAUCCCAUCUAUUCUGCAGGUGGCAUUCUACUGAGUACCAGUCGGCACUACAAGUCAAAGCCCACCCAUGCCAUUGGAAGAUACCAGCACUUAAUUAAAGCAGAAGAGCCCAAGAAGAAGAGGGGAAAAGUAGAAGUGAGAGCCAUUAAUUUGGGCACAGAUCAUGAAUAUGGUGUUUUAAACAUUCACCUGACUGCUUAUGACAUGACCCUGGCAGAGAGUUAUGCCCAAUAUGUUCACAACCUCUGCAACGAUCUUUCCAUUAAAGUCGAAGAAAGUUAUGCAAUGCCAACCAAAACCAUGGAGGUGAUGCGGCUGCCGGACCAAGGCAACAAAAUGGUCCUGGACUCAGUCCUUACCACUCAUGAGCGAGUGGUUCAGAUCAGCGGUUUGAGUGCUACAUUUGCAGAGAUUUUCUUGGAAAUAAUCCAAAGCAAUCUUCCUGAAGGAGUCACAUUGUCAGUAAGGGAGCACACUGAAGAAGACUUCAAGGGAAGAUUCAAAGCUCGGCCAGAACUGGAAGAACUGUUGGCCAAAUUGAACUAACUAUUACAGACCUGCAAUAUGACAGCACUGGUCAUAUUGAGUGCCAAGAAGGACCUUCCUGCGUAGUCAGAGUUAAGCAGGAGACCUUGACCCUUGGAUUUCAUAAAUUCUUAUUCCCACAGCCAGGAAUGCCUUCUCUCCUCUGUGGCAUGGCUGUGCUUGCCAGUUGUUACCACUAAUCCUAGUUAUCCAUCAUCUAAUAAAAAUGUGCUGCAGAAUGUG